AUGGAAUACCUAACACUCGUCUUAUCAAUACUGGCCACACUAAUCGCCAUCUUCUACUACUACCUCAUCAGAAACCGCGACUACUUCAAGAAACAUGGAGUUGUUCACGUUCCGCCUCAGCUAAUAGUGGGUAACAUUGGCGGCGUGUUCUCCAAAAAAUCCAGCAUGGUGGAGAUACUCCAGCAAAUAUACGACUUCCAUCCCGACGCCAAAUACGUCGGCUUCUACGAGUUCACUCGACCUGCCAUCGUCGUACGUGAUAUCGAACUCAUCAAGUCCUUUUGCGUAAAGAAUUUCGAGUCGUUUCAGGAUCAUCGACCUCUCAGCGACGAAGAACUGGAUCCUCUUCUGGGUAAAAGUUUGUUCUCCAUUCAGGGUGAGAAGUGGAAAGCUCAGAGAGCCAUGCUGUCGCCAACUUUCACCCCCGGCAAAAUUAAAAACAUGUUCACGCUGAUGUCGCGCCACGCGGUCCACUUCUCCGAAUAUUUAUCUAAGCUACCAGAAGAGAGACGCGUGGUCGAGCUGAAGGACGUGGCAUCGAAGUUCACGAACGACGUGAUCGCUAGCUGCGUCUUCGGCAUGGACGUAGACUCGCUGAACGACCCUGAAAAUCUGAUGUACGUGAACAGCAGAAAAGCGUUGAACUUCGCCAGCUUCCAAUCGGCCGUGACGAUAUUGAUGUAUAAAUCCAUGCCCCGGCUAUCGAAGUGGCUCGGUCUCAGAUUGAUGUCGAAGGAGCUCACGAAAUUCUUCGAGGACGUAGUAACGUCCAACGUGAAAACCAGGGACGACAAGGGGAUUCAGAGAUCGGACAUGCUUCAGUCUCUGAUGGAGACGAGGAACAAAAAGCAAUAUGGUACAGGACUGAACAUGCAGGAGAUAGCGAUCCACGCGUUCACCUUCUUAUUCGGCGGUUUCGACACCGUCUCCAAUCAGCUGUGCUUUGUUAUUCAUUACCUGGCAGUGAACCCUGAUGUUCAAAAGAGGUUGCAAGAGGAAAUCGACGAGGUGCUCGAAAGGAAACAGGGCCAGAUGACAUACGAUGAUAUAAAUGGGAUGGAGUAUAUAGAUGCUAUUAUAAACGAAACGAUGAGGCUGAAACCGAUAGCAUAUUUUCUGGAUAGAGUAUGCGUGAAGGACUUCGAGCUGCCGCCAGCCCUGCCUGGAGAAAAACCGUUCACCCUUCAGGCGGGAUCAACCGUGUGGAUCCCUGUUUACGCGAUCCAACGUGAUCCCAAAUACUUUGACAAUCCAGAUACCUUUGAUCCUGAUCGAUUCGUCAACGAUGGUAAAAGGAUCAUGACUUCGGGAGCGUUUAUACCGUUUGGACUUGGGCCAAGAAUGUGUAUUGGUAACAGGUUCGCGUUGACGGAGAUAAAAAUCCUGAUUUUUCAUUUAUUCGCUCGCUGCGAUUUAAAACCUUGUCCUGAAACGGACGAGAAACUAGAAAUAGCCAAAGGCUCGAUAGCGAUAGCGCCUGAGAAUGGUUUUUGGGUGAAAGUCGAGCCUAGAAGUAAUCCACACCAAGCGAUUCACACUGGGGUGGUUAAUGGCACGGAGUACGCGAAGGACGAAUGA